GCAGAUGUCAAUGCUGUAGACAACAAAGGGCAGUCAGCUCUGCACCUUGCUGCAACAUAUGGGUAUGCCCAGGUUCUCCAGGUGAUACUCUCACAAGGCCUCCCUCUCGAUUUAGAAAUGAAGGAUUUUGAAGGCCAUACCCCUCUGCACUGUGCUGUCCUGGCCCACAACACACUGCUGCGGGACCGGGGCCGCCUGGCACUGCCAGAACAGCAGACUGAAGAGCUGCAGCACCAGAGCUGGGAGCUGGAGACCUGUGUGCAGCAGCUGGUGCAGGCAGGAGCUUCCAUCUACAGCCGGGAUGUGAAAAGCAACAAGACAGUUCUUCAUUACACCGUCCAGGAUGGGAACAUCUCCCUGCUCCGCUACUUCCUGGAGAUGAAUGGUUUCAAAUCCAAGGACUUCAUCAACAGCAAGGCUCAUGGAAACACAGCUCUGCACAUGGCAGCUGCACUGCAUGGUGACAAGAACCAGAAGGAAAUCAUUCAGUUGCUCCUUGACCACGGGGCAGACCCGAGCAUCCGAAACUUAGACAACGACCAGCCGAUCCACAUGGCUCCUUCUGGGAAAGCUGGGGACCAGGUCAGGCAUUUGCUGAAGAGAGGGAAAGUUGCAUCAACAUUCAUUUCCUGCUGCCGAAAUGCCAGAUCCUAGGUUGCCUGCAGCUUCUGGAAUGGCUUCAACUUCAGCCAAUGGCACAAAGCCCCAUAGAACAACCAUGAGGAUGGUUAACCAGCGUGUCUCUGCCCCCAGAAUCCAUACACUGGGGUGGGAUGGCAGUGUUUCUCAACCUGUGGCCUUUGGACCAUGAGUAGCAUGGGAGAUAUCAAGAGAUAAGCUCUGAGAUGGUAGAGAAGCUUAUUUUGUCAACAGGGAAUGCUAAUAAUCCCGUGACACAAAUUAGCAAACAUUUCACAUGCAGCCAAGCUUUGAUUUGGUGGCAAAGGGCAGCCGGAACACAAGAUGGUCCUUGGUAGCAAUGGUUGAGAAAUACUGCUCGAAGCCAUGCUCACAUCCCUCUCUGUGCAGGGGCACUGGGUGAAACGCUGAAGCCUUUGUGAUGUGCAAUGAGCUCGACUGUCCUUGGGAUGCACAAACCUGGGGGGGAGGAGGGGGGAGAGAAAGACUGGACCAAAGAGGUCACAACAAGACUGCAGAGUUUCCAGGGGCACGGCUGAGCUGAAGACCUCCAAGGGAGGGUUCCUGCAAGCUGCUGCUGUCCCUGCUCUUAGCACUUUGAGGAAGGGAGCUGAAUCAGCUCUCCGUUGCCCCAUCCCUCACCCCAACCCAUGAAAGGAGAGCAGAUGCUCGUGAGAGCAAGUGCGUGGCGCGGGUUCUCUCCGAUCCUCAUCCCAUGUUAAGAAGUUCUUAUCCUUUCUGUGAAAUGAUUUGUGAAUUGCUGUGCAAUCAGCUGGCAGCGUGUGGGGCAGGAGGAGUGAAGGCAGGUGCCUGCAGGGGUGAGAGCUCUGCUGUGACAGCCAACACAGAGGUUCUCAUCUCCAGUGCACACCCUGAAUGUUGUUCUCUCAGUCUUGCAGAAGUUAUUUUCUCCCAUUGGGACUGAACUGAUUAAGGUGAAGGGCGAAUCUCUUAAAUCACCCUUGUGACUUCCUCCAUUGACUCAAUGCAGCAGGGCUUUGUUAAGCGCUUGUGAGCCUUGCAAACCCUUCAACGACUGUUUUGCAGAUCCAAACAAAAGCUCUUAAGAAAUGCAGGAAACCUGAUUAGAGACCUUCUGACUUCCUCAUCCCUCCUCUUUGCUGGUUGGCUACUGCUUCUCACUACGUCAUGCCUACAAACCUGCCCGCGCCCUCUGACAAAAAAAAGCAGACGCGUAUUUGCAUGUGUUUGCAUAAAUUUGCAUGUAUCUGGGCACGGGCCGGCUCAAGCAUGUGCUUCCUUGCUUUGAUGGGAUGCUGUAACGAGACCCAAAUGAGUGAGAACUGCAUUGACGAGGAAAAGUGGUCAAUAAAUUCUCUUUCUCGACCUUGAGACGAUCCCUCCCGUGGCUCAGCAAUGAUCCCUGUGCCAAAACGAAUUUCAUCCCUUUGAGUCGGGUCGCAGCGUCCCCGCUUUUUGCAGCUGUUUUGAGGAGGAAUGUCCCUUUUAUAACAUCAGCAGCGCUGGCAGUGCGUAAUACCCCUUGUUUGCACACUUUAUCUCUUCCUACCCGUGGCUUCAGAUAAGUCACAGAGAACAAAAGCUCGUUAGCACUGAACAAACGCUUCCAAGUGGCACCAUGGAAAAGCCAUUGGGCGGCUGGCAAGCAAAGCUUUUUGAUCAGAUCCUCUGAGCAACCGGUUAAAAUAAGAGCCCUUUAUUUUCUCUCUAACUGCAGGCUGCUGCUGGAGCUAUUCGCGGCUCAGAGUGGGGAGAUCCUCAUUUCUGAGUGCCCACGUGUUUAUUCCACCUGGCAUGGACUGGCAUUUGGUCGCGCUGUGCCAGUUCUGUUAGAGAUACGGCAUGAGCUAUUUUCAUGUAAUCAGCUUUUACAAGGAAGGAAAGCAGGGAAAUAACAUGCUUCUCCCAGCCAGAAAAUCCACAGUCUGCCUUUGAAUGGUUCUCCUCUGUUGUUUUUUCCUUCCAGUUCACAAUCAGCCCAGGAAUCCUUGUGUCAACAAGGGGCAAGCUUCGGCUUGCACUGCACGUGUGGGGCUAUUGACACAGCACUGGGGAUUGGUGUCUGCACCCCCCCUUGUAUGGGGGACUAUAGAACAGCAUGAAGAAGUGCAGCAGGGAAAUGGGAAAUUGCUGCCAGGGAUGGAGAGUGACUUAGUUAACAGAUGGGGAUAGUGUCAGCCUUGCUGUGCUAAUGUGGGUGCUCUCCUUGUUGUCUGCUUGCAACCCAUUUGCACAUGUUCUUUCCUUUGCUGCACAAGAACACCCUCUGGUAGCUCUGCUAAGCUCAGGCUAAUGCAGCCAGCCCACGGAGAGGAUGUGCUCAUCCCAUUUCCACCAGCAGCCUCAAACAUCUCUCCUCAACCUUAUCCUCCCAUGGCUGUUUAAUGUUGGUGAGGAUGGACUUCAAAGUAUGAGGCAUCGAGGAGCUCAGCAGCGUUGGGGCAGGAGGUGAGCAUACCCCCAUAGAGAACAAAGCACCUCCAGCACCACUAAAUGACACGUGUUGGAGCAUCACAGAGGUGAUGGCACAUUUAUCUGCAGCAGCAGCACAGCUGCUGACUCCUAUUUAUAACAGGCUUAGUGCUUGGGCUGGCUCUGAGCACUGGAACAGGUUGCCCAAGGAGGCUG